AUGAGUCAAAUAGACAGUUAUAAUAUGAUGAUUGUUUCACAAUUUUUGAAGUCUCUAAAUGACUUUAUCCACAUCGAAUUUGUAUGUAAAAAGUACAAAGACAAUUUAUCUAAAUUUCACUACAACCCGAUUCCUAUAACUCGAAAAACUCAAAAAUACUUUCCAAAUUUGGAAACCCUACAUUUAUAUUCUAAAUAUUCUUCAAAACUUUCUUUCAAAAAAUUGUAUUCUGUUGUUGUUCAUUUUAAUGUGAAAUUUGAUGACAUUCAAAAAUUGCAUAUUAAGAAUUGUCCAGUCGAAAACGUUCUUUAUAAAAAUAUUGAAAUAACAAGAAAAUAUAUAAAAUCUCAACAAUUACCACCAGAAGCAUUUUUUAAUGUAUCACACGACAUAUAUUAUAUAAAUCUAACCAACUUUGUCGUUCCUCAAAAAGUUCUUUCUGUUAAUCGUUUUUCGUUUUCAUAUUGUGCGAUGAAUUCAAUUCAAUGA